ACUGGGUCAGGAUAUCGGGUAUCACCUAGGGUAUCGGGUCUCACUUUUCCUAUAUGCCUUGACAGAUGUUGCUGUAAGAGAAGCACUGGCACGGAGGGUGUAUAUUUUUCUUGGAGUUUUUUUCAAAUCUGUGGUUCGCGCCGGCCUGAAAAUGUUUUGUUUUUACAGAAACCUUUACUGCAAGAUGGAACAACGGAGCUGCGACAACAUUACCAUUUUUUAAAUUUACCUUGUAGCUACCCUGAAAAUAAAAUUGCAUUGCAUGCAUAGUAUGACUUCUGCUUCUGAUCUGUGCUCUUUUGCUUUGUUUGUAUUUAUCAUAAUUCUGAUUUGCCUGCAUCCUCCUGAGCAAAUAACCCAAGCCAGGUAUACUGUUCCAUAUUAUGUUGGUUGAGAAAUUUGAAAAGAAUGGAGGAGGAUAAUUUGAGUAAGGAAGUGUAAAGACGAUAGUUCCUGAGGAAAAGCCUAGGUCUGUGCUGUGGGAGGUAGGUUGAGAAUGGCAUAGCAGGAGGUGAAAAGGAAUUUGAGUUUAGCACUAACAAAGUCUAAAUCAGAUUGGAAGGAAGUCAUUAAUAUACCGUGUACAACCUACGCUUGCAUGGAAAUGGAUUUAAAGCUUUAAUGAUUAUGAUUAAAAUUUGUUUCAAGAGAUGAUUUCAUUUGUGCCAAUUCUUUUAAACCACGAGACAAAAUUUAUAGCUACAUUUCAUCAGUUUUUUUUGCAAUGUUAAAUCUUCACGAAAAGGCUCAAUGAAAAUCAUUAUUUUUUUCACAGAAUUUCUUUUUAAAAAGGAAUAAAAAUAGCAAGGCUAAAUUUUUUAACACAAAGUUGUCAUUGGCAAUACAUGUUACAAACAGCAUGUAAUGUGUUUCAUGAGUACUCUUUAUGAAAAAAUUGUGCAUCUAGCUAGCUACAUAUAUAAAAAAUUGACAGAAUUUCAUUUUCUGUCUUUUUUGACUUGUCUAUUGAUUGCAGAUGCAUAUAGUGCUUUGAAUUAUUGAUGACUAAUAAUAAAAUUGUGAAAAAGUUUUGAUAAACCAUUUAAUUUUAUUUUUUUAUAAAAAUAAAGAAAUAUAUGAUUGUGUGGUGAAUCAUGCCUUCUGUAUUUACAGCAAGUUAAACUGGUCACAUGUCUAUAAAUAUGACAGUAUAUAUAUACUGGAAUCGGGACACCUAAUAUAACUAGUGCAUAUGACGCGCACUAUCCGCAAUGUUAUUUUUAUCUUUAUAAUAGGAAAGAUUUUUCGAUAGCAUUGUGAUUAACAUUUUAACAAUGGUUAGCGAUGUUCAUGUUGGAUUGUGAUGUUCAUGAUACUUUCAAAUGAUUUAUCAUGGUGUGUUUAAAAUAGAAAAAUUAUUUAUAUAUACAUAUGUAAUUUUAAAUCAUUAUCAGUAAUUAUUUAGAUUGUUAAAAAUGUUUGCUAUUUUUAAUUCAUUGUGUGUAACUUCCAGAGUGUAAAUAAAAUAUGUUAAAGAUUUUUUAAACAACCAGUAUACAGUUUUUUUUAAAAGAGAAAAGUGCGGGACAUUUAAACUCGCAAACCUCAAACAUGAGAACUGUAGCAACUCUCUCAGUUUUGACUUCCUUGUCCCAAUAGCUAAAAUAAAGAUUUAUAUACAAAGACAAAGCUUUCGAGUAUGUGUCUUAAAUGUUUUCAAAUGAUCCAUGGCAAUGUCUUCCCUUUCUACAAUCCUGUUUUGACUGUUUCCAAACGAUCUAUGAUGUUGUUUUUGCUUUCCACGGCCUCAUUUUAUGCUUUUUAAACAAUCUAUGGCAUUGUUUCUGCUUUCUACUUUCUAGAAACCUCCAUAGGUUUCUAGAAUCUCAUUUUGAUGCUUUUUAAAUGAUCUAUGGCAAUGGUUUUGCUUUCCAUGAUCCGUUUAUGAUGCUUUUUAACCCUAUUCGGUCCAAGGGGUGAGGCUUAAUUUAUGACUUUAGUCACGAUUUUUCGUACAUAAGUUUAAAUUCCGGGUUGUGAACUUUGAUAGAACUUGCUCUGUGUAUAUGUCCUCUACGCCAAAAUAGUAACCCCUGUGCGUUGUACGAGAGUAAAGGAAUUUUGGUCUUGCAUUUGUUUCUUAAAACUUUCAUUUUUUAAGAUUGCAUGCAUAGAUUUAUUGAGGCGUAAGAUUCAUCAUACAAAAUGACCUGCAUUAGCAUGUAAAAUAGAAUAAAGCAUUCAGAUCAUUUCGAUCAAGUAGUUUUGAAACUUGUGAAAUCAACUUUGUGAUUUUUAAGUUAUGGUUUGUGUAAAUAAUAAGAAUAAAAAAGAACAAAAAACUUUUUAACCUAUAGUUGAAGACAACUGGAACAUUGUGUAUUGUAAGACUUUGGGUAAUUUUAAGGGCUGAAAAGUGGUUUGAUUUUUUUUUCUUUAAACCUUUUUUAAAUGUUAGACGAUAAAGUUUAAACAAACGAUGACAAACAUUCUGUUGACUUUAAGUAAUUUUUUGUUUCUUGAUCUAUUUUGCUAACUGCUUAUAUUUUUUAUUUAUUUUUGCAAACAAGUGAUCUUGUAGCAAGGUAAAUAACCAAUUUGCUAUUGUAACUUCCAUAGCAUUAAAUUUAAUAAGGAAACACAUGAACUAUGAACUUAAAAAUACAUGAAUUAUGAACUUAAAACAUACAGAUUGUAAUGAAUUACAAUGUGAUUAAAGCUUCAUAAUGAAGUUUUAACUAUUUUAAUAAAAUUUGGGCCACAUAAAGAAUGUUUUUUCAACAACACACGGUGAUAUUAGGCUUUGUAAGGUAGUUUUUAACUAUUUUAUAAAAAUAUGUUGUCUAAGCUGUGUAGGAAAGUUUUUUAACAAUUGUAUCUCUAACUGUCACAUUGUUCAGGCUGUAUUUUUUAACUAUUUUACAUGACAUAAUCCACCCUUUCUAAUUUCUUUUAUACGUCAUCAAGGAAUUACCAACGCAUAAUGCUGUUGGACACGUUGACAUUUACAGUGACAAGUUUUGCCAACAUGAAUUACUAAUGCUUAAAUUCUUCAUACCUCAUACUUUUAUAGUUCUUAAUUCUCUUAGAUUUUUUAAUGUUUAAUUCAAACCAUGUAGUUUUCUGUUUUAGAAAAAAACCCAUUAAAAUGGAAGCAUGUGGUUUUCCUAUAAUUUUCCAACCUCUGUUAUAAAUGGCUUUAAAACAUUGCAUAUUAGCAGUAAUAACUUUUUUGUUUUUGACACAUGUGGUUUGUUCCACUCAUGGAAACUCAUCAGCUAAAGGUGAAGGAAUUGUGAUAUUCAAAUUUGAGUUCGAUCAUGUUGCAACACCAUUUAUUAUCUGUUUUUGGGUUCUGUUGGCAAGUUUAAUGAAAAUAGUGUUUCACCAUUCUGAAUGGAUAUCGUCCACUGUCCCGGAAUCAUGUAUGCUGAUUUUACUUGGAGUACCCAUUGGUUUUAUUUUAAGAGCAGCCAAAGAAAAUGCUGACAUACUUCUUACAUCAGAUUUGUUUUUCUACUAUUUGCUACCCCCAAUCAUUCUUGAUGCUGGUUAUUUUAUGCCAUCUAGAGUGUUCUAUUUAAAUAUUGGUACCAUACUUCUUUAUGCUGUUCUGGGCACCAUGUUUAACACCUUUGCCGUAGGUGUUUCUUUAUAUGCAACUCGUAAUGUAUGUAACAUGGAUAUCUCCUUAUUACAAGCACUGUUAUUUGGAUCUCUUAUAUCUGCUGUUGACCCCGUAGCUGUUUUGGCUGUGUUUGAAGAAGUUCAUGUUCAUGAAGUACUUUACAUGUUAGUGUUUGGUGAAUCAGUUUUAAAUGAUGCUGCAUCUGUGGUACUUUACAGAACCUUUGAAAGUUUAGAACAAAGUUCUGUUGAUGCAAAGCAGAUUGGUUUGGCUAUUGCAUCAUUUUUCGUUGUAUCAAUUGGUGGAACAAUAAUUGGUAUUGUGUUUGCACUGGUGACAAGUUUUAUUACAAAAUAUACAGAACAUGUUCGAGUGAUUGAACCAGUGUUCGUAUUUCUGAUGGCAUACAUGUCUUAUUUAUCAGCAGAAAUCUUUCAUUUUUCUGGGAUUAUGAGCAUCUUAUUUUGUGGUAUUGUUAUGAAGCCCUAUGUUGAGUCAAAUGUUUCAAGAAAGUCACAUACAACUAUAAAGUAUUUUCUAAAGUUGUUAAGUUCCUCGUGUGAAGCAAUUAUUUUUAUGUUUCUUGGUGCAUCAUUAGUGUUUGGCAGUCAUAAAUUUAACCUUGGUUUUGUGUGUUUCACUCUUGUCUUUAUCACUAUCUAUCGUGCUAUUGGAGUGACCAUACUAACUGGUAUUGCAAAUCGUUGUGGUCGUCUUACCAAAGUAAAGAAAGUAGAACAAUUCAUUAUGAGUUAUGGAGGGCUUCGUGGAGCUGUGGCGUUUUGCUUGGCUGUUUUAAUUAAAUCAACCAACAGUGUAUUUCGAAAUGUAGUUUUCACUACGACAGUAAUAGUGGUCAUUUUCACUGUCUUUGUUCAGGGUACCACAAUUAAAAAGCUAGUGAAACUUUUGGGUGUUAAAAGAACCCAGAAACGAGAAAAAUCCAUGGCAGAAACUUUAAAUGAUAGAAUGCUUGGAUACAUGGUUGCUGGUGUUGAAGAGAUCAUUGGUGUGCAUGGACAUGGCUUUUGGGCUAACAUGCUUGAAGUUAUUAAUAAAAAAUAUCUAAGGCGUUGGUUAGAAAGGGACCCAGAUUUGUUUCUAGAUGAAGAAAUUGUAUAUGCUGAAAGAAGGAUGGCAUUUAAACAUGCACUGACUUAUGCUGCCAAUCCGACAAUGAUGUUAGCAAGGGAGAAUGAUGAAGCAGAGUUAAGUGCUUUAAAACGAAACCCAUCCAUAGCUCUUCAGCUGGCGUUAAGGAGCCAGGAAUUAAAAGGAACUGAAUGUGGAAUGAUUGAUUACAACAUUCUUAAAGAUCAGGGGGAAUGUUCUAGCAAUGUUUGUUCUAAAGCUUUUAACGAGAGAACUAUAUCAAACCUUAUACCAAAAGCUAAAAAAAUGGUAAGACGUACUUACUCGCAAAGAAAAUAUACUUUGGAUUCGUUAGGUGAAAGGGACGCUAUUGAAGAUCACUAUCUACAACUAAAACGAAAUUCCUUAGUUCAAAGGCCAACUAGAUCACGUAACCAUAAGGGUCAUCAUCAUCACAAGCGCAAGCACAAAAGACAAAAAGAUAACAACUCUGGCAUGAGCUCAGUCACACAAGAAACAGAUCAGCAAGAUACUGUUGUUAGGAAGGCUCGUGUAAUUCAAUCAUCUGAUCAAAAUAGUGAGACAGAAAGUGAUGACGAAGGAAUACAACUUAAAACGAAGAUGCCAACAGAAGUCACUCCAUUAGUUACUAAUCCUCUGGUCUCACAAUCAUAUAAUAAACAAAAGACAGAAGAAGACAAAGCAAAUAGCAUUGAUGAAAGCCUGUCAAGAGAUGACAUGGUAAUUAAUAUAAUUGACCCAUGGGCCGAUAACUUAUCACCACCACGUAAAAGCCAGAUGAAUGCAGACAUGUCUGAUCGAUACAAAGACAGUAAUUAUACACAUGAGACUGGUUUAUGAUGAUUAGGUACAAUGCACUUGUCCUGAAAUAAGCAUAACAAAUUUUUUAACAUUUUCCAACGUAUGAUGAUUAUAAUAAUUGAUAUUUUUCGUUUAUCACCUUUUUUCCUUGCUUUUUUCAACCAAAAUUUAAAUGUAAUACAUUUUUCAUGUGUUUUUCAAAUUUUAUUCAAGCACCAAAAAAAAUUGUAACAUAGUGUGCAGUAUGAUGCACAUCAUAAAAUAUGAGACCUGUUACCUAAAAAAACCCAUUUAUUCUACUGCUGUUGACAGAUGUUUAAUUUAUUGAAAAUAUAAUGAGGAUGAAAAUCUACUGUUAGAAUAAAAAAGAAGUUUAAUGUACAAUUUAGUUCAAAAUAUAUUUAAACAAAACAGUAAGUUGUAAAGUUUAACCACACAAGUAAUUAUUCAAGCUGUUUCUAUUAUUACCUUUGCUGUUAGGCCUUUAUAAUCAACACUGUGGAUUAUUUUGUAAUGCUAGAAAGUGCAACUAGCAGAUUUACUAAACGCUGUCCACCUAGCCUACACAUUGCAUAAGUGGCAAUUCCACAGUCUCCCGGCAAAAGACCAUCGACUGUUAAAUAUUUUUAACCAUAUAUUUUGAAAACUGACUUUGCCUAUUAAACUUUGCCCAAGAUUUGUUUUGUUUAUGUCAAUUGUUAAUAAUCUUUUUCAGUAUAGUUUUCAAACUCUGAUUUUUCUAAUUUGUAUAAUAAUUUAAUUUGUUGCACAUAAACAGAAAUAUAGGAAUAUUUAUUCUACCAAUAAAAACAUUUGAUUAUUUAUGUUUGUAUAUAUUAAUAUAAUUAACUCUCAGCAUUAAGAGCACCGUUGAAAAAAAGUUUUUUAUUAUUUGUUUAUGUCCCCAGAUUUCUUUAUGUAAGUUUAUUUUUUUACACAAUGGAUUUAUUUCCAC